UAAUCAAAACAACACAAUUGCAAUUUUACACAAUUUACACAUUUAAAUUAAAUUACUUUUUAAAAAUGGAGAUAUAGCGUUUUGGAACCAAACUCUUCAUUUACAGGUAUGUCUGUGACUCCUACACAGAUAAAUAUGUCCGGCAGUCAUUUCUAUGAGGGAAGGAUCAUACCCUAUUUAUAACAAGACAACAGUGUAUCUUCAAAAGCAACACUAUGCAACAAUUUGUCUCCUUUUGAGGUAUGUUUUUGUAAUUGUUGGUAUCAUCCUCAAAUCACUUGUGAUGGUUUAUGGUCAUGUGACCUGUCUGCCACAGGAUCAGAACACCCUGAUCAUGUGGAAGAGAAGCCUUCUUAACAUGACCUCAUCAAUAGUUUUUUCAAAACACGUUAGUAAGCUUUUUAUCAAGCUUUUCUCAGUGCCAGCUGAGUGCUGGUGCUGUUUCCGAGACGUUUUAAAUGAUUUUUACACAGGUAGCUUGCUAGUUUUAGAACAAAUCUACUGCUUUAAAUUACUGAUCAUGAUACUUUUUAUAAAGUGUACAAUGAAGAGCAGAUUUUUUUUAAUCAAUUAUUUGGUCAAUUAUUACAUAUUACAUUUGAAAUUAAAGUAGAUUUCAUAUCCUAUCAACCAACCAGAACAAGGAAACAUUAAUAUUUAAAAUCUGGCUCAACUAGUUCUGAAAGACACAAAAAGUAAUGUCCUCCAAGAUGCCAUGAUCUCUAUAAAUCAGCUGUAGUAAUUCAGUAGGAGCAUUCCAUAUUUUAUUUGGUUUAAAAAAACCACAGCUUGUCAAACACUAGCAGACUCGUAUUGGCUCUUCCGCAUCAGGCUUCUAUUUUAUGCAAAUACUGAUGUUAUGGCCUACAAAAAGCUUCCACUCAAAGCCUGUGUUUGUAGUCCAGCACACAAGGUGAUGACACAGACACCAACACCACAGAAUUGGUGUGUGUGUACACAUGCAAGUGUGUUCGAUCUGUUUCUUCUUUGCGCUACAGCACCAUGGCCUGCACCCCCAGCUACCAGCUUUGGCAGUCAACUGUUAGCUCCAUGGGCUUUGCAUGUGGGACAAGUGCCAGUCACAGACUCAGCAGAAUGUGCGAGCCCAGCUCUCCCGCGUUGCGUCCCUACGCCAGUGAUGUGACCAUGGUGGGCGUCAGCAUCAAGCAGGAGGAGGAGGAGUCCAGCAGUGGGGGUCGAGCCUCCAGUGAGGGGAGGGAGCCCCAGCGCUCGUCUCCAGUCGACAAUUGGUCCUCGCCGCUGCCCGUCGAACGUACAGAUGAGAAAGCCAUGCCCCCCAGCCGCCCUCCAACCUCGGAGGGCUCACCACUCAGAGAGCAGGAGCAGGGGGUGACCAGCAGCUUUAAGCGUCAGGACGCCCAGCCCAAUGGUGGUGAAGCAAUGCCGACCAUAGAGAAGCUGUUAACCUCCGACUGGAAGGAGAGGCUCCUGGAUAAAGGCUCACCAGGUGGCAGUGGUCUCCGAGGCACGCAUGAGAGCCUAGCGGAGAAGGAGCUGCAGCUGCUGCUGAUGAUAAACCAGCUGUCAGGGCUGCGUGAGCAGCUGCUGGGCGCACACUCGGAGCAGAGGAACAUGGCCGCCCUGCUGCUGGAGAAACAGCAACAGCAGAUGGAGCUGGCCCGCCAGCAGCAGGAGCAGAUCGCCAAGCAGCAGCAGCAGUUGAUCCAGCAACAGCACAAGAUCAACCUCCUGCAGCAGCAGAUCCAGCAGGUGAACAUGCCAUACGUCAUGAUUCCCGCCUUCCAUCCCAGUACCCAGCAAAUGUCGGUCACCUCCGAGUCACAAAUGGGCCUACCCAUCCAACCCAUCCCCUGCAAGCCAGUGGAGUACCCCAUGCCUCUCCUCCCAAGCCCACACCCCCCCUCUAUGAAAAGGUCCAGUGGCUCAGCAUUUCGACAGGAGAGCAGCCAGCCUCUGAACUUGACGGCCAAGCCCAAGGGGCUGGACGUGGGGAAAACCCCCAGCCCCCAGGCCAUGGAGCUGGCCUCUGCACACCUGCAGGGGGGGUACCGGUCCCGAGAGCUCCCGCCCAGCCCCCAACGCCUUAGCCUGAACUUCUUGGGAGAGGGGGACGUGGUGACACAGGCGAUCCAGGAGGCGCAGCAGCUGCUCAGGGGUCAGAGGGAGCGGGAGAGGGACGGCACGACCAGGCCGCACGUGCUGAAAGUCGCCCUCGGUGCCUGUUUCCAGGGUGAUUACAAGGAAGGGUCACGGGGUGGGCGUCUGACCCCGUCGGAGCGGCCUGAGGAGCGACAGGUGCGGGACGACCUCAUGGGCAGUGACUCUGAAGGCACGAUGUCCAUGUCUGGCCUGGUGGGGAUGGGGGAGAGCCGGACGGCCCCCUCUGGACACAUCAAGCGGCCCAUGAACGCCUUCAUGGUGUGGGCCAAAGACGAGCGCCGCCGCAUUUUGCAGGCCUGCCCCGACAUGCACAACUCCAGCAUCAGCAAGAUCCUGGGAACGCGCUGGAAGUCCAUGUCCAACCAGGAGAAGCAGCCGUACUAUGAGGAGCAGGCGCGCCUGAGCCGCCAGCACCUGGAGCGCUACCCCGACUACAAGUAUAAGCCGCGGCCCAAGCGCACGUGCAUAGUGGAGGGCCGGCGGCUGCGCGUGGGCGAGUACAAGGCCAUGAUGAAGAGCCGGCGGCAGGAGCAGCACCGCACCGCCUUCUCCACCAGCCAGCUAGAGCCACAGCUCCACUAUCCAGCCGCGUCCAACGACGGUCAGUACUCCGGCACGCCCGUCUCCAUGGCUUCGCUGCCGCUCCACUCGGCCCUGCUGGAGCACUACCUGCCCCCACGGAGCCUGGAGGCGGUGCAGGCACAGGUGCAGGCACAGGCCCAGGCACGAGACGUGGGCCUGGCAGACGCGGUGCAGCGGGACAGAGAGAGGGAGAGGGACAGGGACAGGGAGAGGGAGAGGGCCCGAGAGGCCCAGAGACAGCCCUACAGCGAGGGAGACGACAGUGACGCAGGCGAGCGCAGCGAAGGCGAGCUUGUGGUGCUCACUGACUGAAACCGUCUGUGUGUGUCUGUCUGUGUGUGUGUGUGUGUGU